GCUAAUGAAGGAAGAAGAAAGUGCAUGUGAUGAAAACUACCUAAAGCUUGAAGAGCAGAAUCCUGUGAAGAACAAAAAACAAGGACUGAAGGAAAAGAAGAAGAUUGGAAGUUCCCGUGUAGGAAAAGCAAAAGAGCCGAAUUCGCGGAACACAAAUGCGACGGGACAUGUAUUGGCACAAAAGAUGAGGGAACUGGAGAUGAUAGAUGCAGGUGAUAUGGAACAAGCCUUGGAUAUAGAAGAGGCAAUUCACUACUAUUCCCGCCUUAAGAGCCCGGUUUACCUUGACAUAGUUGACAAGUUUUUCGUGGAUAUGUACUCAGAGUUGUCUAUCCCACAAGCCUCCGCAAAGAUCAGCAAUUCAAAGCGGAGACGCGGAUCAUUUAGGUUGUAGAUGGUCAUGUUAGUUUUUCCUUGGGUACAUGGAUCUGUUUUGUUGUCCCCAUUUAUUCCCAUUUCUUCUCCCCUUUGUGUGUGUGUGUGUGUGUGUGUGCGCGCUUUUGAAUUUUGCAUUCCAUGUUUGGUGGUCCUUCUUUCUUAUCUUUGUUUUCCAUGUGCUUGAUCCAGUCAUGUAAGCAGUGAGCUAAUAAAAAUCGCAAGGAAUUUGAAGUUUUUC